AUGUCUACUCAUACUUACAAAAAAUUUGAAAAUUCUGAUUCAGGCGAUUUGCCUGAUAAGAUGACAAUCUAUCAAGAUUGUAUGAACGAAUUUAAUGAAUCUCCUGUUAAUUCAAAAAGAUGUCGUUUGUUAAUUUCUCGUUUGUUAAGACUAAUGGCACAAGGUGAAACUUUCCCAGAAAGCGAAGCUACUGCCUUAUUCUUUUCUGUUUCAAAAUUAUUCCAACAUCAGAAUGAUUCUUUGAGACAAGCCGUGUAUUUAGCUAUUAAAGAAUUGAGUGGUAUCUCUGAAGAUGUCUUGAUGGCUACCUCUUCCAUUAUGAAAGACGUUCAAAAUGGUUCUGAUUUAAUCAAGCCAAACGCUAUUAGAUCUUUGACCGUCGUCUUGGAUGAAUCAACUGCUUUCUCAGCUGAAAGAUUAUUGAAAAGUGCAGUCGUCAGCAAAAAUCCAACUAUUUCUUCCGCUUCAUUGACUGCUUCAUAUCAUCUAUUGCCAAUUUCUGAAACUACUAUUAAGAGAUUCACCAAUGAAGCUCAAGAAGCAGUAGUAGACUUGAAACCAUUCCCACAAAAUGAUGUCACUGGUGAUUAUUAUCCAAAUUCAACUUUUAUUACACAAUACCAUGCUUUGGGUUUGUUGUAUCAGUUAAAGAAGAACGACAAAAUGUCAUUAAUGAAAUUAGUCAGACAAUUCGCUGAAACUAAUAACUUGAAAAAUCAACUGGCUAAAGUUCAAUUGGUUAAAUUGGUUAAUGACAUUGUUCAAAGAGACCCUCAAUUAUUCACUCAAUUCCAACAAUUAUUAUACAACUGGUUGUCAAACAAAUUCGAAUCAGUUCAAUUGGAAACAAGUAAAUUGAUCACCUCUUUUGCAACUACCAAUCCUCGUUUGGUUUCUCCAGAAUUAUUCGCCGCUGCUAUUCAAACUUUACAAGGUUUGUUGACCGUCCCAAGAGUUACAACUAAAUUUGCAGCUUUAAGAAUUUUAAACAGAAUCUCUAUGGUUUCUCCAGAAAAAAUAGUCAUCUGUAACCCAGAAUUAGAAUCUUUGAUAAACGACUCAAAUAGAAAUGUUUCCACAUAUGCUAUUACUAUCCUAUUGAAAACUGGUACCGCUAAGAACAUUUCUUCAUUGAUUUCUACUAUCACCAAGUUCAUUCACGAAGUAUCUGAUGAUUUCAAAAUUAUUAUCAUUGAUGCAGUUAGAACUUUAUCAUUAAACUUCCCUCAAGAGUGGAAAUCCAUUUUGAACUUCUUAAUUGAUGUAUUGAAGAAUGGUGAAGGUGGUUUCAAAUUUAAAAAUAGUAUUGUCGAAGCUUUAAUAGAUAUUGUUUCGUUUGUCCCACAAUCUAAAGAAUUAGCUUUAGAAAACUUAUGUGAUUUCAUUGAAGAUUGUGAGUUUAACGAAAUCUUGGUCAGAAUUUUACAUUUGUUAGGUAAAGAAGGUCCAUACACUUCUAACCCUUCUUUGUACGUUAGACAUAUCUACAACAGAGUUGUAUUGGAAAAUUCUAUUAUUAGAUCUGCAGCUGUAGUUUCUCUAUCCAAAUUUGCCUUAGCAAAGAACGACCCAACUUUAAAAGAUUCGAUUGUCAGUCUAUUGAAAAGAAUUGCUAACGACAAGGAUGAUGAAGUUAGAGAUAGAGCUUCUAUUGCUUUACAAUUUAUUGAAUCUUCUGAAUCUACAGGUGAUUCUGCAAAGGAUUUGAUUCAAGCCAAAUAUUCUUACGACUAUCAAUCUUUGGAAUCAAAAUUGGUCUCAUAUAUGUCCGAUUCAGAUGCUUUUAAAGCUCCAUUUGAAGGCAGUACAGUUCGUAGAAUUACUGAUGAUGAAGCCAAGGCUAUGGACUUGAAGAGAAAGCAGGAACAAUUACAAAGCGGUUCCCUUGAAUCUGGUGCUGGUUCUUCAGGCUCUUUGGAAUCUGGUAGCACUCCAGAUGAAAGAGCUGAUAAGGCAACCUACAAGGGCCCAAGUGUUGAUCAACAUAAGGAAGAUUUAUUGGCAACCAAAUACGCAGACGAAUUGUUAUCAAUUGAGCAAUUUAAAGAAUUUGGAACUUUGGUUAACAGCUCCAAUUCUGUUGCUUUAACUGAACCAGAAGCUGAAUUUGUUGUCCGUGGUGUUAAACACUUAUUCAAAGAGCAUGUAGUAUUUCAAUUCAGUAUUACUAACACUUUAACUGAUGUUAUUUUGGAUAAUGUUUCUGUUGCUUGCACACCAGAAGAUCCGGAAAAUUCCCAAUUAGAAGAAUUAUUUACUAUUCCAAUUGAUAGACUUGCGCCAUCAACUGAAGCUGCUUCAUACAUCGCCUUCAGAAAAUCCGAAGAUAUUGUAAUGGAAGGUUUCUUGUGUAACUUGACAUUCACAACUAAAGAAUUGAACCCAGAUACUAACGAACCAUUUGAUGGUGACGAAGGUUUCCAAGACGAAUAUGAAAUUGAUUCUAUCUUCUUAAACGCUGGUGAUUACAUCAAGAGCUCCUUCAUAGGUGAUUUUACCACCACAUUUGAUGAAUUACCAAAUGAAGAAGUUGCAGUAUAUAAUAUCCAUGAAAACAUAUCAUUACAAGAAGUUAUUGAUAAAUUGGUCACCAAUACAAGUUGUCUACCAUUAGAAAAUACUCAGUUUGCACCAAAUGAUUCAAAUAGUCAUGUUUUGAAAUUAUUUGGUAAGAGUGCUUUAACAGGUGUUAAGAUUGCAUUAACCGUCAGAAUGAUUAAGAGUUCUAAAGGUAUCGCAUUAAAGGCACAAGGUAAAUCAGAAGAUGCUACCUUAUGUGCUGAUUUGGUAAAUGGGUUGAUGUAA